GUCGCAUGCAUAAUUACUUAUCUCAUCCUAUUCCUAUAUUUCAUCAUCACACUUCCAUCACCAUUUAUGCUUCUUCCUUCCUUACCUCCCUCCCAUAAAAGCAAAACAAAACAAAUCUUACUUUGCAGAAAAUUAUCCGUUUCAUCAUCUGAUCUAUUGCAGGCAUACAAUUCAGUCAGGCGAUGUCAUCUUACAAGAAGAAGAUUGUCCUCAGCAGUGUUGCAGUGAAGCUAGGCUGCGGCAGCAGCUGCAGAAGGCCCAAACUCUCUGCCGUCUUCGUCCCCAAACCACGGCGGCGCCACCACAAACCCGCCGCCGCCGCAUCCACCUCCACGGCGCCAAACUUCUCCAACUACUCCUCCAGCUCCUGGGACACCACCACCACCACAUUCUCUCCGGCGAACUACUCCUCCGACGCCGACUCGGAGAUCAAGAGCCUCAGAGCCGUGCACGGCUUCGGAAGGGUCGGCGGGGAGAGCGUCGCCGUCGAGAAAGACUCCGACGACCCUUACCUCGACUUCCGGCAGUCCAUGCUGCAGAUGAUCCUCCAGAAAAACAUCUACUCGAAAGAUGACCUGAAAGAGCUUCUCAACUGCUUCUUGCAGCUCAAUUCCCCUUACUACCACGGCGUCAUUGUCAGAGCCUUCACGGAGAUCUGGAAUGGGGUCUUCUCCGUGACGCCGCCGGUGGCACCGCACGGCGGGGCCGCCCCGGAGUGGAUGUCACGUGGCUUUUAAGCAACGCACGUGAUAUCAUAUGUGGGCCCACACUGCUUAUCAAUAAAGUUGUGUCCAUCAAACUGUAGCUUGUGAAAGUAGAUUCUCGGGGGUAGUAUGGUAAUUGUCGUUCCCACAAAAUAUUACGCGUGGGACUCCUCUAUAGUGUGCUUGAUGAAGCACUAAUUAAUUAAUGCACUGUUAGAGUGUAGGAUUUAAUGAUUCCUAGAAGAUCAGAUCGAUAAGCUUAGUUGUUCUAUUUUCACAGCCUUUUUUCCCACCUAAUAGGUUUAGAGGAUGGAAGUUUUUGUUAUUAUGUUCGUUGAGUGGUUAAAAAUGCUGUGAAAAUUGUAACCCGUAAGCGUAUUGUUGUGUUAUUACUCCCUCCGUUUCUAUUUGGUUGACACAAUUUGACUUGUCAAGAUUUAAGGGAAAGAAGUUAUUGAGGGGCAAAUUUUAUUGUUUGGCACUGUUUGAACACUGUUUGACACUGUUUGAACACUGUGUGGCACUGUUUGAACACUGUUUGGCACUGUUUGGUACUGUUUUGCACUGUUUAGGUAAAUAUUUGUUUACCAAAUAAGGAAAUAAAGAAGUGUGGCAUUCAUUUUGAAACGUCCAAAAAAGGAAAGUGUGUCAACCAAAUAGAAACGGAGGGAGUAUUAUGUAAUGUAAUGUUACUUUGAAUUUCUCUAGGCUCUAGCUCUAAAGAUCACUCAUUCAUUGUAUUAUAUAUUAAUUGUUUAUUUACAAUAUUUUGGUUGAAGUUCGAAAAAUAAAUAAAUUUUAC